UCAGAGCGGCAGCCCCAGCGGAGAGCCAGCGGGGAGCCGGCGGCGGCUCGUACGAGCGCCGGGGCUGUGCCAUUCUCUCUCGGCCGGCGGCACAGUGCUUUCCGGCUGCCGUCAAGCGCGGCACCGGGCCGGCGGGCGGGGGCCAUGGCGGCGGCGGGCCGGCUGCCGAGUUCCUGGGUGCUGCUGGCGCCGCUGCUUGGAGGGCUCGCGCUGCUGGGAGUCGGGCCGGUCCCCGCGCGGGCGCUGCACAACGUCACGGCCGAGCUCUUUGGGGCCGAGGCCUGGGGCACCCUGGCGGCCUUCGGAGACCUCAACUCCGACAAGCAGACGGACCUCUUCGUGCUGCGGGAAAGAAAUGAUUUAAUCGUCUUUUUGGCAGACCAGAAUGCACCCUAUUUUAAACCCAAAGUAAAGGUAUCCUUGAAGAAUCACAGUGCACUGAUAACAAGUGUAGUCCCGGGAGAUUAUGACGGAGAUUCACAAAUGGAUGUCCUUUUGACCUAUUUUCCCAAAAAUAUUGCCAACAAUGAAUUAGGAGCUGUUAUCUUCUGGGGACAAAACCAAACAUUAGAUCCUAACAAUAUGACUCUACUCAAUAGGACUUUUCAGGAUGAACCACUAAUUAUGGACUUCAAUGGUGAUUUAAUUCCUGAUGUGUUUGGUAUCACAAAUGAAUCUGAUCAGCCACAGAUACUAUUAGGAGGGAAUUUGUCAUGGCAUCCUGCAUUGACCACUAAAAGUAAACCUCGAAUUCCGCAUUCUCAUGCAUUUAUUGAUCUGACUGAAGAUUUUACAGCAGAUUUAUUCCUUACGACAUCGCCUACCUCUGAUACAUUCCAGUUUGAGAUAUGGGAAAAUUUGGAUGGAAAUUUCUCUGUCAGUGCUGUAUUUGAAAAGCCUCCCAAUAUGAUGGUGGUUGGACAGUCGGCAUUUGCAGACUUUGAUGGAGAUGGACACAUGGAUCACUUACUGCCAGGCUGUGAAGAUAAAAACUGCCAGAAAAGCAGCAUUUACUUAAUGAGAUCUGGAACAAAGCAGUGGGUUCCAGUCUUACAGGAAUUCAGCAAUAAGGGCACCCUCUGGGGCUUUGUGCCAUAUGUGCAUGAAGAAGCAACUGAAAUAGAAAUUCCAAUUACCCUUCGUAUUGGAGACUACAACAUGGAUGGCUAUCCAGAUGCUCUUGCCAUACUGAAGAAUACAUCUGGAAGCAAUCAGCAGGCCUUUUUACUGGAGAACGUCCCUUGUAAUAAUGCAAGCUGCGAAGGGGCACAUCGUAUGUUUAGAGUCUACUGGGAGCUGAUGGACCUAAAUCAAAUCAGGGACGCCGUGGUUGCCACCUUCUUUGACAUUUACGAAGAUGGAAUCUUGGACAUUAUAGUACUGAGUAAAGGAUAUACAAAGAAUGAUUUUGCUAUCCAUACACUAAAAAAUAACUUUGAAGCAGAUGCUUAUUUUGUGAAAGUUAUUGUUCUUAGUGGUCUCUGUUCUAAUGACUGUCCUCGUAAGAUAACACCCUUUGGAGUAAAUCAACCUGGACCUUAUAUCAUGUAUACAACUGUAGAUGCAAAUGGAUAUCUGAAAAACGGUUCAGCUGGACAACUCAGCCAGUCGGCACAUUUAGCUCUCCAGCUGCCAUACAGUGUACUUGGGUUAGGUCGAAGUGCAAAUUUUCUUGAUCAUCUUUAUGUUGGUAUUCCCCGUCCAUCUGGAGAGAAGUCUAUACGAAAACAGGAGUGGACUGCAAUCAUUCCAAAUUCCCAGCUAAUUGUCAUUCCAUAUCCUCACAACGUUCCUCGAAGCUGGAGUGCCAAACUGUAUCUUACACCAAGUAACAUUGUUCUACUUACUGCUAUAGCUCUCAUCGGUGUCUGUGUUUUCAUCUUGGCAAUAAUUGGCAUUCUACAUUGGCAGGAAAAGAAAGCAGAUGAUAGAGAAAAACGACAAGAAGCCCAUCGGUUUCAUUUUGAUGCCAUGUGACUUGCCUUAACUAUCAUAUAAAGGCAACAGAACAGCUAUUUGCUUGAUUAACUGAAAUACUAAUUUGGAUUAUAGAAGAAAGUAGGAGAUUUUGAAUAUUAUUUAUAAAUGAUGCAUCUCUUGGUAAUUAUUGGAAAGUAUUCAAAUAAAUAUGGUCUGAAUAUGUCACAAGGUCUUUUUGUAAAGCACUUUGUAUAUAAUAACUUGGGUUCUUUAUUCACUUGUGCUGUGCAUUUGUGUUCCUUUGUGGAAUGUGUUGCAUGUUCUCAGGUGUUCAUGUAUUUAUAAUCUUAUUAGAAUAAUGAUGUUGGGGAAAGACGUGUGAAUAAAAAUAUUUAAAUGAG